ACCCUAGUGGAAAAAUCCAUCCCACCCCUUCUUGUCCCAGCAUCUAUGGCGGAAACCCCACGGAAAUCUCUCCUAUCCCUCAAAAAGCAAAACCAAUCUCCCCAUAGUCCGAAUCAAGAGUCCUCUACUUCAAUCUGUCACACUCUGCAAACACCGCCAACUCAAAAUCCUCUACGCCGAUCCUCACGCCGAGCAUCCAAAGAUUCAACUGUGUUUCGCCGUUUGUCCAGUGAUUGUGAUUAUGAUUUAUCCGGUUGCAAAACACCUCGACAGUCAGUCGAAGAUCCCGGUAACAAUCUCGGGCAAAUCGAGAAGAGAGCCAACAAUGAUGAGAUUGCGAGAACCCCGAUCUCAAAACCUCCUAAAACACCCAGAUCCACUAAAGGCAAAAUAAAUGAAGAAAAUCUAAAAACCCCAAAGUUGGGUAGAAGCGGUGAGGGAUCGGUUGAGGUUACAUUUUCUCCGGCAUCACCAGAACUGACAGAGAGGAAGAAGAGGAAGAGAGGGGAAGAGAGAAGUGUGGCGACAAGAUCUACGGCCACAAGGAGUGCUAAAGUACAGGAAAAGAACAAGACAAAGAAGAGAGUAUAUUAUAAAAAGGUAGUGUACGAUGGAUGUGAGUUUGGGGUCGGAGAUGAUGUAUAUGUGAAAAGGAGAGAAGAUGCAAGCUCGGACAAUGAGGACCUCGAAAUGGAGGAAUGCAGAGUGUGCUUCAAGGCAGGAAUGAGCGUGAUGAUCGAGUGUGAUGAUUGUCUAGGUGGGUUUCAUUUGAAGUGCUUGAAGCCACCACUGAAAGAGGUUCCGGAAGGGGAUUGGAUUUGUGUGUUCUGUGAGGCCCAGAAACUGGGCAAGCAGAUUGAACUUCCAAAGCCACCAGAAGGGAAGAAGCUGGUUAGGACUUUGAGGGAAAAGCUCCUUUCCAGCGACUUGUGGGCUGCCCGGAUAGAGAGUUUGUGGAAAGAAGUAGAUGGUAGCUAUUGGUUCCGUGGUCGAUGGUAUAUAAUUCCAGAAGAAACUGCUGCUGGAAGGCAGCCACAUAACUUAAAGAGAGAGCUUUAUCGAACAAAUGAUUUUGCUGAUAUUGAGAUGAAGUCUAUUAUUAGGCAUUGCUUUGUCAAGAACCCCAAAGAGUAUGCUAAAGCCAACAAUGAAGGGGAUGAUAUUUUUCUAUGUGAAUAUGAAUAUGACAUACACUGGAACAGUUUCAAACGACUAGCAGAUUUCGAUAAUGAUGAAGAGGGCAGUGUUGACGAUGAGAGUGACGAAGAUUGGGAUUCUUGCAAGUAUGCUGCUGACUCUGAUACAGAUGAAGACAUGGAUUAUGAAGUGGAGGAGAAGAACUUACAAGCCAGACCAUCCUCAGCUCCAGGAUUGGCUGCAAAUUCUCGGAAAGGGCGUUUCUUUGGACUUCAAAAAAUAGGGGUAAAAAAGAUCCCAGAGCAUGUGAGAUCCCACAAACAAACUGAGCUGGAAAGAGCUAAGGCAAUGCUUUUGUUGGCAACAUUGCCAAAAUUCUUACCUUGUAGGAGCAAAGAAAUGGAGGAGAUUACUGCAUUUAUAAAGGGUGCUAUUUGUGAUGAUCAGUGUCUUGGACGUUGCCUUUACAUACAUGGUGUUCCUGGAACUGGAAAGACAAUGAGUGUCCUAGCAGUAUUGAGGAACCUAAAAUCUGAAGUUGAUGCAGGAAGAAUUAGACCGUACUGCUUUGUGGAGGUUAAUGGUCUAAAGUUGGCUUCAGCAGAGAAUAUUUAUAGGGUUAUUUAUGAAGCAUUAAGUGGACACAGAGUUAAUUGGAAAAAGGCUCUCCAUUUGCUGAAUGAACGAUUUUCAGAAGGAAAGAAAACUGGCAAGGAAGAUGAUCGGCCUUGUAUUCUACUCAUUGAUGAACUUGAUCUUCUAGUAACCAGAAAUCAGUCGGUUCUGUAUAACAUUCUUGAUUGGCCUACUAAGCCACAUUCCAAAUUGAUUGUGAUAGGAAUAGCAAAUACUAUGGACCUUCCAGAGAAGUUGCUGCCUCGUAUUUCAAGCCGGAUGGGUAUUCAAAGGCUCUGCUUUGGUCCCUAUAAUUAUCUUCAACUUCAAGAAAUCAUUUCGAGUCGUUUGAAAGGAAUUGAUGCGUUUGAAAAGCAAGCAAUAGAAUUUGCUUCAAGAAAGGUAGCAGCUAUUUCAGGAGAUGCACGUCGUGCAUUGGAGAUAUGCAGGCGAGCAGCAGAAAUUGCAGACUUUCAUAUUAAGACACAAGCUUUAACUGUGAAUUCCUCUGCAGGUAAAGUCCUGGUUGGUAUGGCAGAGGUUGAAGCAGCUAUUCAGGAAAUGUUCCGGGCACCUCAUAUUCAAGUAAUGAAGAGCUGUUCGAAGUUGAGUAAAAUCUUCUUAACGGCUAUGGUUUAUGAGCUCUAUAAAACAGGGAUGGGUGAAAUAACCUUUGAAAAGUUGGCAACCACUGUUUCAUGCAUUUGCUCAAGCAAUGGAGAAGCAUUUCCUGGUUGGGACACACUCUUGAAAGUCGGCUGCAAGCUUGGUGAAUGCAGAAUUAUUUUAUGUGAACCAGGAGCCAUGCACAGAUUGCAGAAGCUGCAGCUUAACUUUCCCAGUGAUGAUGUGGCUUUUGCAUUGAAAGACAGCAAGGAUCUGCCAUGGUUGGCCAAGUACCUAUGAUCUCAGAUCCUAGCAGCUGAAAUUCAUUUUUAAUUUAUAACCACAGUUUUGGCUUGAUUUUCAUGUUAUUCUUAUUGAUGAUAAACGUCAUAUUAUUGCUUUUCAUCCAUGCUUCAACCUCCAACUGUAAAAUGCGUGGCAAAUUGUUGUUUGUUGUACAAACUUGUUUCAUUAGACAAAUUUAUGAUUCUCUUGAAUAAAUAUCAAACUCUUUG